AAUCUCGCUAUCAUCAUGUUAGAUCUAUCGCAAACAUGUCCAAGCUGCCGGUCGAGCAAAUAUAGUAACCCACAAUUGAAACUUAUGGUAAACGUGUGUGGUCAUUCACUCCUGUCGGACAUUCAAAUGUUUGCCGCUAGAUGUGAGAAUUGCGUAGAAGUUCUAUUCGUUCGCGGAUCGGGCCUCUGCGUCCAGUGCAAAACGCCAAUUCGGAAAGUAAAUUUUCGUUAUCAGUUGUUUGAAGAUCCACUUGUUCAAAAAGAAGUGGAAUUACGAAAGAAAAUUCUCAUAGACUUCAAUAAACGCGAGGACGAUUUUGAUUCUCUGGAGGAAUAUGAUUCGUAUUUGGAGAAAAUCGAGGAAAUAAGUAAGCUAAUAGUUUUUUACGGCAUUUUGUGUGUUACAGUCCAUAAUUUAAUGAAUGACAUCGAUGUGGAGGAAACCAAGCGCUAUAUUGAACUGUAUAAACGCGAAAAUAAGGAUGUGAUAAAACGGAACCGUUUGAGGCCGUCCGCGGCAGUGCAGUUUUAUGAAGCCGAACUAGAGCGCGAAGCCAUGCUACGAGAGCAACGGGAGCGUGAGGAUGAAGAACGAAGGAAGGAAUUACUAAAAGGCUCUUCCAAUAUCUCGGCAACUACGAGCGUUUUAAAACAAAAAGACGUAAUGUCGAAGGUCCCUCCACCCUCCACAUUGGGUCGUACGUUUGCAGACCCCGCUAGUCUAGCUCCACCAUCCAUCAAGCGACCUCCACCUUCACUUGCCAGACCCGCCGUACCUUCUUCAACACACUUCCCUGCUCCUGUCAGUGCCCUCGCAACUCCACGAGUCGGGCCUGAUCGGAUCUUUAUUCCUCCACCACCCAGUGCAGUAGGGGGUGGAUACAUGGCUCCGCCAUCCAUCCUCCCUUCAUCUGGCUCCGCGUUCCCUGCUCUCGCGAAUAGCUGGAUUGCUGGUGCACAUCACCAGGUUCAGUUGCCAACUAGGACAACUUCGCAAGCAAGACAAUCGGAUACAGUACUCAUUCCAAGCCGCACUACUUCGGGUCGGUCUUCCACUCGUGGUGUAGGUGCUAAGAACCUUAGUGCCGCUGUAUAUAGACCGUACGAACCGGACCUAUGCGGCCCUCCGCCACCAACUUUAGACCAUACGCGCUGGUCCGAACUUCUCCAAGUCUAUCGAAGCUGUGUUAUUGGUCCACUUCAAUCCAGAUCACAAGAUCGAUCGUCACCAACAUCAAACGCUCACAAAAUAGAACAGAAAAGUCCAGAGGACAGCAAACCCGAUAUGAAUGGAAACGGUAUUAAGAUGGAACCCAUGGACUCUGAGGACGAAUUCAAACCGAAAGUCGAACACACCACUCCCGAACCGUCUUCACCAUUGCGAGGAUCUUCUCAUGAUCUCCCGACCGGUGCCUGCGGAAUCAAGUCGAUGGUAUUCCUCGAAAGAUGUUUGGAGGAGUCACGUUGUGGUCUGUUUUUCCAUAAACCGUGUGCCAUACGCACACGCACGCUGCUACAGUUUCGGUCAUCGGGAAACGGGAAAGUGGAAAAUACAACCGAAACUUGGAGGCAAAGACAUGUUCCGUUUGUUCAGAAGUUGGGUAGCUACGCAUUGAAGCACAGGGCAAAAAAAGAACUCUGUGAGGCAGACGGUCUUCUGGAAUACGGAGUAAAUUUCCAAACCAGCGCAGCCUAUAAAGUGGGAUCUUUUAGCAGCACUUUACACUUUGCCGGUGUGAAGAGCAUGCCAAACCGUGCGGCAGAGUUAUUUGGAUUAUUUAAAAUCGUCUACAUUUGGGAAGGAUCUGAAAAUAAGCAGAGCAAUAUCGUCUGCAUACUCAGUGUCUGUGAUGGAACGUCCCCGGAGCAUUUCAACUCCGCGGUUUUCAGAGACGAGCAGAGAAAUUUCAAGCAGCAUAUCAAUAACAAAGUUGAAGAGGAAAGGGGAAACCGGACGGCCCUGUCUUACACUGAUGGACGUGAUGAACUCAGACGAGAGCUUGCCAUAUGCUUGUACGCGCCCACAGAAGUUCGUAUUCAGUGCCCUCAUAAGGAAGAGAGAUUCGGAGGGGACACCUUUGAUCGCCAGACAAGGCCAAAGUUGCUGACUAUCGACAGAAUCAAAAGCAGCUUUCAAAUCCACAAAAACAACCAGCGUGUGACAUCUGAAGAAAUGGCGCUGUUUAAGAAUUUGUCUCAAGGUAAAGAUAUGGUCGAUGCAUCCUCGGCCAGGGCGAAACCCAGCUUGAUUUUCACGAAUUUAUCUCUCAUGAUAGUCCAUCAAGCUGCGCAAAAUAACGCUAUCGGGAAACGGGAAAGUGGAAAAUACAACCGAAACUUGGAGGCAAAGACAUGUUCCGUUUGUUCAGAAGUUGGGGCAAAAAAAGAACUCUGUGAGGCAGACGGUCUUCUGGAAUACGGAGUAAAUUUCCAAACCAGCGCAGCCUAUAAAGUGGGAUCUUUUAGCAGCACUUUACACUUUGCCGGUGUGAAGAGCAUGCCAAACCGUGCGGCAGAGUUAUUUGGAUUAUUUAAAAUCGUCUACAUUUGGGAAGGAUCUGAAAAUAAGCAGAGCAAUAUCGUCUGCAUACUCAGUGUCUGUGAUGGAACGUCCCCGGAGCAUUUCAACUCCGCGGUUUUCAGAGACGAGCAGAGAAAUUUCAAGCAGCAUAUCAAUAACAAAGUUGAAGAGGAAAGGGGAAACCGGACGGCCCUGUCUUACACUGAUGGACGUGAUGAACUCAGACGAGAGCUUGCCAUAUGCUUGUACGCGCCCACAGAAGUUCGUAUUCAGUGCCCUCAUAAGGAAGAGAGAUUCGGAGGGGACACCUUUGAUCGCCAGACAAGGCCAAAGUUGCUGACUAUCGACAGAAUCAAAAGCAGCUUUCAAAUCCACAAAAACAACCAGCGUGUGACAUCUGAAGAAAUGGCGCUGUUUAAGAAUUUGUCUCAAGGUAAAGAUAUGUCCAUCAAGCUGCGCAAAAUAACGCUACAGAGCACUUUAGAUGCGACGGAUACCAGGCUGGUCGAUGGAUGGUUUUCACAUGACGUUCUUGCUCCUUUUUUAAAAACUGUAGUGACGGUCGAGAAGCUUCAUUCGGCUUUUACUCUGUUUUCGUUCCAAAUCUUCAGCAGUAUGGUUGUCAGACUGUUCACCAGGACCUCCUCACCUUCUUUGAAGAGCGCGGAGUGUAGACCAUCCAGGCCAGGUGCCUUGUCGCUCUUCAGGCGGUUGUGUUGGAGGAGACCAGUUAAACUGUUCUUGGAAGUGCUCAGCCCACCACUGAAGACGGCGCUUGAGAGAGUGAAUUGCUUUUCCGUCUUCUCCGCAUAUUGUUUCAUUGACACCUUCCUUCUUUUGACUCGUUGGUCGAAUCAGUUGAAGCAGGUUGCGGCUGUUACAUGCAGCGAAAGCCUCCUGCAUGUCCUGGGCCUUCGAAAUCUACCAGCGUUCUCUGUCAUUCUUCGAACUCCUGAUUAUCCGGUGUUUGAGGGAUCUGCGUGUGUCAUCUUAGUCGUUAGUUGCUGGUCUGGCCUUUCUGGCAGCAAUAAGGUCUACUGGUCUCGAAGAUAUCCGGUUUUCAAUGAGGUGAGCCAGACGGGUUGGACAAACAGUUCUGAAAGCUGA